GGUUAUCUUAAUAACCAGGAAGCUACCAAUAAAUGCAUCGACAAAGAUGGUUGGUUCCGCACAGGGGAUGUUGCUACGGUUGAUAAAGAUGUGAAAUUUAAAUUUAAUCAACAACUAAAAUAUUAUAAAAUAUGUUUUAUAGGAUACUUUUAUGUAAUAGACCGAGUCAAAGAAUUAAUCAAAUAUAAGGGUCACCAAGUAGCACCAGCAGAAUUAGAAUCUCUCCUUUUAACGCAUCCUGCGAUAGCCGACGCUGCUGUAAUCGGUAUAUACUCGGAAAAAGAGGCUACAGAAUUGCCAUGUGCGUAUGUCGUACCACAAGGACAAGGACCAACCAUAAAAUUGGAACAAGAAAUUUUACAAUUUGUUGCGAGUAAAGCUAACAAUUCUCAAAAAUUAAGAGGAGGUGUAGUGUUUGUUGAUAAAAUUCCUAAAAGUCUAUCAGGAAAGAUUUUGAGGAGAAUGUUGAGGGCUGGUAUAGGUUUUAAAAUGCUUACGUUAGAAAAAGCACGUCUAUGA